AUGAUGAUGAUGAUGAUGAUACUCUCUCUCGAGCCAAACAGCAUGGUUCUCAGUGAAGAUCACUCCAUUCGUCCCUGCGGAAAAUGUCUUUCAAGCCGCCCUGUUCUCAUAUUCAGUGCUUGCUGCUCAUUCCAUCCAGAGUGUAUCAACAACUCAGUUGAACUCUGUCCAAAUUGUAGAAGCCACGCUUUGACACUUAGAACAGAUCCAAGCCAUAGGGAAAGAAUCCUUAAUGAAGAGAUAAGAGACCCAUAA